GUCAAGAACGUGAUUGGGGGGGGGGCAUCCUUCCAUGGCCAUAAUAUCACCAUUGGGUUGAAAGGAAUGUCGCCGUAGAAGCCAAGAAAGCUUGACACUCAAACAUUUCAGCUCUACAAGGAAGAGUAAUGAAGCAAAAAAGGCUAUGAAAGGCUAUUGAAAGAAAAUUAAUAUGCCCCAACCCUGCCUUAGUUACAUCGUUUUUGUAAUGAAGUUUUCAGAGCUUGAGUGUGUUUCCUUGAGAAAGUAUGAACAGUUAUUUGGUAUAUGGCCUUCAUCUUUGCGUGUGUCACUGCAAAACAUUUAUUACAAUUUUGUCUGCUGUACUGGAAAGUACUCUUGAUUGAUUCUAGCUUCACAAACAAGCUUAUACUCUUUUAGUUAAGACCGCUCAAUUUCUGAUCAAUAUAUGUUGUUGUUGUACCCAGCAAGGAAAAAUAAUGUUGGAAUAAAAGCAUUUUAUAUGCUUCCCCUAUAACUGAAUAAACAGCACAAGAAUCACCAGGUCAUCGAGGUUAUGAGUUUAAAAGUUCUCAGAUUAAUUUAAUAAUCAUAUCCAUGUAACCGUAAUUGUAUGCAAAGACAGUUUAUUUCUUGCUAUUGGUAAGGAAUGAUACGGGGCAGUUUCUAUCCACCUUGAUCUUUGACCGACUACCCGUAGGAGAAUGGGCAUGAAAAACAAACGGGUCGUUACCAUAGAUCUACAAUAAAAAUUUAUGUUUUGAAAAUUAUUUUUUGCAAAGAUUUUAUAUUUCAAAAACAAUGAAAUGUUUUUUACAUACGUGAUGUCAAUUUGAAUUGGCUAGAGCUACCUUCGGAUCAUAUUUCAACAUCUUAUGGUUCAUUAAACGGAGUCAAUAACAUUGAUCAUGUUCAUCUGAGAUCCAGACACACCAAAGACGAUAUUUCAAGUUUAGAGAAUCGAUAGCUUCCAAUGCAGAUGGUGAUGAACAAACAGUGAUGUGAAUCAGCGCUGUGAUAUGACAAAAAUCAGUAUUCUUCUGCUUAUAGUGGGUGGCUUAGUGAAAAUGUUAUCAUGUGUCGCAGUGGAGAAAAAAGAGAGUUCUUUUUUGGUUCAAGAGAACAAUGUUAGAGAAUUUAGAAAAUUAAGAGACCUUCUUGGAAGGCCAAUAGGAGAUGCAAAAACUGCCAAGGCAACUAUUGGAAAGAUUAGAAAGACAAAGUUUGUGCCUAAAUGCCCAAAGAGCCUUAUGGAUGCCCGUAAAGAUACUCUGGAAAUAAUCUUAAAACGCUGCCAUUCUUUGAGAAAAAAAGAAUACAAAAAGCAAGAGGGAAAGGUUGCUGAUAUAAUCAUGAAUGCAGACAAGAAUGCUGAGGCAAGCUACCAGCAGCAAAAGAAAGCACUGAUACUAGCAGUUAAUCAUCUGGCUAAGCUAGCAGGACCUUUGCCUUCUAUAUAAGAACUGUUUCAAGUCAGAGUUUAGGCAGAGUUUGUCAGGAGCAUCCCUACACGUCUAUACACAACUUGAAUCUGUUUUAAAUUGCCUCUUUUGGUUGGGGUAGAUCCAAGAGCCUAGCUUCCAUUGGGAGUUUUAAACGUCAAGUUAAUGUAACGAUAGGCUCUAUGAAGGGAAAGGGAAAAUGAAUAGAAUGAUAAAGAAAUUGUUUUGGCAAAUUCUGAGUGUAAAAACCAGAAAAAAAGGCAGUAACAAGAAAAUUACAGGACAUUACACUAUGUUACAUUACAUGAGAAUUGGUGUAGUUGAUGAUGUUAGUGCUUGUGAUGUUUAAAGUCCUUGGUUUCUUCUGACCAUUUACAGUGUUGUUCAAACUUCAAUUCUUGCUGCUAGGGUAAAAACUUUUAGCAAGAAGCCAUUUGAAAGUAUCUGAUCAUUAGAAGAUCAAAGAUUUUGGACUCUUCUAUAAACAAAUAUUUAGUAUGCUGUAGUAAAUGACUAACAAUACACACAACACAAUAUUUAAAAUUUAUUUAAUAAACAUAUACACAGGGUUUAUGGUAAACUGUGUUUGUCAUUCUAUCACUUGAUACUGUCCAGCUCCAUAAACCAUUGCUAAUAUUUUUGAAGUGUAUAUGUAAAUGUAAACAAAUAAUUUUUUUGUCAAAUUAAACAACAUCAGGAGUCAAAAGGUAAAUGUUUACAAAUAAGAAAGUGGCAAAGUACCAAUUCAAAACAUGUUUGUCUCUUGGUAGGAUCAAUUUUCACUAGACUUGGCUAGCAUCUUUAAAGCUUGUUAUCAAGAGCUGUAA